UGUAGGAAUCAUGAAUGUUUGUGCAAACUGUUUUUGCCAGUCCAACUAGUAGAUGUAUAUUUCCCAAAAUAUCUGAGAGCUUUAACCUGUUGGUGGCGCUUGAGGAAAAGUCAGCGAAUUCUCCUCCAGAGAUCAUGACUAUCAGUUAAAAAUUGACAAUCCAUCUAAUAGUUUUUGACAUAUUUCGGUCUGGACCCAAGCCAUUGCCAAAAUAUAAAUAACUGCAGUAACUUCCUGUUUGAGUGGCAGAUAUUCUCCCUGUUGAAGCAGGAGACUACCCUUUCAAAGACUACCUAGUGAUUUUAGUUUUACUGUAAAAACAAACAUUUGAAGUAGCCACAGAAGUAAAGUAAUAUAGGAAAUAAGCAUGAGAAAGAAACAACAAAACAGUGUGCUGGACAUGACCGGAUGCAAGAUGCAGGAAAUUAACUUUCAACCACAAGUUCCCCAUUUACAGAUGGUCAGUCUUUUUGUGUUUUUCUUCUUCUUUCCCAUGUUCCUAACCCUUUCUGCAUUAACUGUUUAGUCCACAUAAUGCAAUUUUUUAAAUGUUAACAUACAUCUAAAUUUCCAGUAAAACUAAAUUAUUUUUGAUGACUCAUUCUACACUCCCUCUUGGGUAUAGAGAAAUAUAUGCACACAAAUAAUUCAGGGGACCAGCUGACUCCUCCCAUCACAUACUGUAAACGUGUGAUGUGGCAUCAUGCUUAUAUCUGAUGUUUUGAUAAUUCUCGUUCACAACUUUCCUCCUGAUUCAUGCUGCUUGCUGUCACAUCCACUCAUGAGAGAUCACAUCCAAUCCCCAAAUCUUACAUCCAUUUCUAAAUUCUGUGUUUUGCGUUGAUGGACAAGAUGAUCGCAAUGCUCGUGCUUCUGAUCCUCAAACCAGGAAGUAUGAGUGCUGGUUGGUCAGUGACUUUUGAAAACCCAAAUCCAUGUGCUUUAAAGGGAUCAUCAGUGCAUCUCAGGUGCUCAUACAACUACACAGAUGGUGAAAUUGUUACCAGGACUGCAUGGUACAAAGGGAAAUUAAUAGAUGGCAACUGGACACGCGUUAAGCUCUCAGACCUUCCUUCAUAUCAAAAUCGUUUUAAAUAUCUUGGCGACCAGCAGCACGACUGUGGCCUGGCAAUUGAUGACCUGCAGGAUAACGACACUGGACAUUACUACUUCAGGUUUGAUACGCAGAUGUAUGGAAGGCGGAGCAAAACAUCCGUGUAUCUGUCUGUCACAGAGCUGAGUGCCAGAGUGUACCCUGACAGGGUGAGAGCAGGAGACACUGUGACUCUUGAAUGUAGAACAUCCUGCCAACUUUCCAACACAGUUUGGUUUAAAGAUGGGCGUCCAGUAGCCAAACCAGUGUUCCAGGCUCAAGCAGAGGAUUCUGGGAAUUAUUUAUGUGCUGUCGAAGGACAGGACUCAGUGCUAUCUGACUCUGUGGCUCUGGAUGUUCAGUAUCCCCCGUUGAAUGUAUCUGUUGAGAUAAGUUAUCCUGGUCACCUGACAGAGGGCAGCAGUGUGAAUCUGAGCUGCAGCAGUGCUGCUAACCCUGCAGCAGACAACUACACAUGGUACAGGGCUUCUGUUUCCAGUUCCAGCUCCCUGCUCCAGGUGGGCUCAGGACAGGUGCUGUCUCUCCCCUCUGUGGAGGCGUCCCACUCUGGACUCUACCUCUGCCAGGCCAGGAACCCACUGGGGCAAAACAACUCAACUGAGGUGCUGCUGACAGCGGGUGAUGCAGACAGAAGUGUGAGUGCUGGUUGGUCAGUGACUUUUGAAAACCCAAAUCCAUGUGCUUUAAAGGGAUCAUCAGUGCAUCUCAGGUGCUCAUACAACUACACAGAUGGUGAAAUUGUUACCAGGACUGCAUGGUACAAAGGGAAAUUAAUAGAUGGCAACUGGACACGCGUUAAGCUCUCAGACCUUCCUUCAUAUCAAAAUCGUUUUAAAUAUCUUGGCGACCAGCAGCACGACUGUGGCCUGGCAAUUGAUGACCUGCAGGAUAACAACACUGGACAUUACUACUUCAGGUUUGAUACGCAGAUGUAUGGAAGGCGGAGCAAAACAUCCGUGUAUCUGUCUGUCACAGAGCUGAGUGCCAGAGUGUACCCUGACAGGGUGAGAGCAGGAGACACUGUGACUCUUGAAUGUAGAACAUCCUGCCAACUUUCCAACACAGUUUGGUUUAAAGAUGGGCGUCCAGUAGCCAAACCAGUGUUCCAGGCUCAAGCAGAGGAUUCUGGGAAUUAUUUAUGUGCUGUCGAAGGACAGGAGUCAGUGCUAUCUGACUCUGUGGCUCUGGAUGUUCAGUAUCCCCCGUUGAAUGUAUCUGUUGAGAUAAGUUAUCCUGGUCACCUGACAGAGGGCAGCAGUGUGAAUCUGAGCUGCAGCAGUGCUGCUAACCCUGCAGCAGACAACUACACAUGGUACAGGGCUUCUGUUUCCAGUUCCAGCUCCCUGCUCCAGGUGGGCUCAGGACAGGUGCUGUCUCUCCCCUCUGUGGAGGCGUCCCACUCUGGACUCUACCUCUGCCAGGCCAGGAACCCACUGGGGCAAAACAACUCAACUGAGGUGCUGCUGACAGCGGGUGAUGCAGACAUUAACCGUGUCAUCAUCUUUGUUGGUAUUGGAGUCAAAGUCUGUAUUGGCCUGUUGCUUCCACUGGUUAUUAUCUGGGCAUGGAGGCAGAGACGUAGUUCUGCUGUGGAUAAAGAGGAAAACAGCCGUGAUUAUGAAAACAUCAGCAUUGCCUAAAUGGGUAAAAAGCAAACAAACAGGUUUACAGAGAAGGAAAUGUCUGUUGUCUCCCUCCGCCUGAGCCUGAUGACAUUUCAUUAAACCAGAUACAUGACCUGCACAAGAAUGUCUGUGCUUUGUACGUUGCCUAGAACUCAACAUAGUUGCUGAGCAGCUAGUUUCCUGACAUGAAAAUGCAGCAACACCUCUCAUUCCUUCCUGACUCCUGUCUGUGUAAACAUCAAGUACUUCUCAUGAGAAGACAGAAGGGAAUUGUAACUUUACCCAACCUUGCAAAUGUUAGGCAACAAUACUUUAAUGAGAAAAUAGCUUAAUUUAGUAACUUAAGUUAUGAAAGUACAGUAUAGUUGCCUAACAUUUUUCAGUGGUUCACUGCUGGUACAACAGACUGUAUCCACAAUCAUUGUGGUCGAACCAGGAUAUGCUGCCAUCUUGAGUUCAAAAUACUCAUGCAAAUGAUGUUCUUGUAAAUGAUCACUUCUUGUAAAUGAUGUGUCACCUUCAUUCCACUAAAUUAGAAAUAUUAUUUACAUUAUUAACCACAACCCUAGCUUUUAGGUUUUAGGGUUGUUAGGGUUGAGGUUUGUUAAGGUUUAAUAUUAAGAUUUUAUCAUAUUUAGUGUUUGAAAUUGUAACAGAAAUAACCACAACAGCACAGCAUUUAUGAGGUCAAUGCAUUUUAAAGUUUGUUUGUUUCAUCUGUAAACUGAUCAACAUAUGCCACAUACACACAGAUGGCAGGACUUUGGUUAAUAUGGUAGUAACCUGUAAUCGCUAUUCAAUAAUCUUUUUGUGUACCUUCUGGUGAAAACUACUGACUACUGUAAAGACAUUUCACACCUGCAUGAAAAAUAACAAGCAUUUCCAACUAGCUGCUGUAAUCACUGUAUACAUCGUGUUUUUAUUUCAUAUAAGUAUAUGUUUUCUUAUACAAUAAACUUAACAAACUCUCUUAUUUUAAA